GAAUGUAUGAGUAACUAUAAUGCCUAUAAACAGAUUUUGGCAUUGACUGAUUCCAAAGUACAAAAUAGAUUAGACUUCAAAAAGCAUACAUUUCUGAAUUGCUCUACAAGUUUUUAAAGAGAUAAGACGGUAACGUCAUUUUCGAAAGUCACGUUAUUUUAUCAUUCCAACUAGAAAGUAUUAGGCAAGUUCUUUUUCCACAACAGUAAUAAUAUUAUUUUUGAAGGAUUUUUUAAAAAUCAAGAUAUAUAAUAUGGGUAUUCAUUGUAUGGAUAAUUUGAAAGGAAUUGUUAACUAUUUCUUUCAAAAUAAAGAACCAUGGCAAAUAGUUAGUGUAACUACAACCACUGUACUUGGAACUGUUUGGAUAUGGAAUUUUAUUUUCUGUCAAGAUGAAUCUAUUGUUGUUCGAGGGAAGAAGCAAUUGUUUAGAUUAGCUCGUUAUAUACCUUCCAUUAGAGAAAAGAUUGAGAAAGAAUUGUUAAGUAUUAAUGACAAUUUUGAGAAAGAUGCGUUGCGCAAAUUUAUGAAUACUCCAUUUAUUAUUGAACUACCUAAGAAUGGUCUAAAAUAUGACGAAUUAAUAGAACAAGUAAAAAAAUAUGUACAAAUGGGUGAUUACGAUUGGAAAAAUGGGAAAGUAUCAGGUACGGUUUAUAAAAAUGAUGAAAAUCUCAUACGCUUAAUGGCUGAAGUUUAUGGUUAUGCAUCAUAUACUAAUCCCUUACAUCCCGAUGUUUUUCCUGGUGUGUGUAAAAUGGAAGCAGAAGUUAUUAGAAUAUCUUGUCGUUUGUUUAAUGGCGAUGAGAAUUCAUGUGGAACUAUGACCACAGGUGGUACAGAAUCAAUAAUAUUAGCGUGUAAAGCUUAUCGAGAUUAUGCCAGAGAAGUGAAAGGUAUUAAAAAACCAGUAAUGAUAGUUCCAGUUACUGCGCAUAGUGCAUUUGAUAAAGCUGCACAAUACUUAAAUAUAAAAGUAUGCACAGUACCUGUCAAUCCUCAUAGUUGUACAGUUUCUGUUAAAGCUAUGGAAAGGGCUAUUAAUAAAAACACAAUAAUGCUGGUAUCUUCAGUACCUAAUUUUCCAUAUGGAACAAUGGACAAUGUAGAAGCUAUUUCUGCGCUUGGCAUAAAAUAUAAUAUACCAGUUCACGUAGAUGCUUGUUUAGGUGGAUUUCUUAUUUGUUUUAUGUCGCAAGCAGGAUACGAUUUACCACCAUUUGACUUUAAAUUACCUGGCGUAACUAGCAUAUCUGCUGAUACACAUAAGUAUGGAUUUGCACCAAAAGGAUCUUCGGUCAUACUUUACAGAGAAAAGAAAUAUAGACAUCAUCAAUAUACUAUAACAACAGAUUGGCCUGGUGGCAUUUAUGGUUCGCCCACUAUAAAUGGUUCUAGAUCUGGUGGAAUUAUAGCAUCAUGUUGGGCUACUUUAAUGUAUUUCGGUUAUGAUGGAUAUUUGGAGGCAACAAAAAAAAUUAUCGAUACUUCCAAAUACAUUGAAAAUAAAUUAAGACAAAUGGAUGGAAUUUUUAUUUUUGGUUCACCUGUUACUUCGGUAAUUGCAUUAGGUUCCAAGGACUUUCAUAUCUACAGAUUGUCGCAAGCACUUAGUGCAAAGGGAUGGAAUCUAAAUCCGCUUCAAUUCCCUAGCGGUAUUCAUCUUUGUGUUACACAUGUUCAUACUGAGCCAGGUGUUGCAGAUCAAUUUUUAAACGACGUUGAAACUGAAUUAGAAAGCAUAUUAAAAAUCCCAGAUCUUCCAGUUGAAGGAAAAUUGGCAAUGUAUGGAAUGAGUCAAGGCAUACCAGAUAGAACUGUGGUCGGUGAUUUUGUCAAAUCAUUUUUAGAUUCGAUCUAUUACACCGGCAAUCAAAAGGAAACGAACGAUAAGAAGAAUAAUAUACCAAAUUAAAAAUAAAAACAAAACUAAAACUAAAACAUUGCCCAUUUCCACAGAAGAAUAUACACAAAAUAAAAUUCCAGUAUCCUUAGUGAUACAUUAUUUCUAAAAUUUUAUGCACAAAACAAAAAAUUGAUUAA